GGGCAGUGCGGCGGGCGUGUCCGGAGCUCGCGAGCAACUGACCCGGAUGUUCACUCCUAGGUCCUAAGGAAGUAGAGGCGCCGCCGGGCCUACGGGGCACAGCGAUACCGAACCGUAAGAGCACCGGAGAGCCCGGCCCUCACCCACCGCAGCCAUGAGUGACCAACAGUUGGACUGUGCCUUGGAUUUAAUGAGGCGUCUCCCUCCCCAACAGAUUGAGAAGAACCUCAGUGACCUCAUUGACUUGGUACCCAGUCUCUGUGAAGAUCUCCUGUCCUCAGUCGACCAGCCCCUGAAGAUCGCUCGGGAUAAAGUGGUGGGCAAAGACUACCUGCUGUGUGAUUACAACAGAGAUGGCGACUCCUACAGGUCACCGUGGAGCAAUAAGUACGACCCACCCUUGGAAGAUGGAGCCAUGCCGUCCGCCCGUCUGCGUAAGCUGGAGGUGGAAGCCAACAACGCCUUUGACCAGUACCGAGACCUGUAUUUUGAAGGUGGCGUCUCCUCAGUCUAUCUCUGGGAUCUGGACCACGGUUUUGCCGGAGUGAUCCUUAUCAAGAAAGCUGGAGACGGUUCAAAGAAGAUCAAAGGAUGCUGGGACUCCAUCCAUGUGGUGGAAGUGCAGGAGAAGUCGAGCGGCCGCACUGCUCAUUAUAAGCUGACCUCUACUGUCAUGUUGUGGCUGCAGACGAACAAGAGCGGGUCUGGGACAAUGAACCUGGGCGGAAGCCUCACCCGGCAGAUGGAGAAGGACGAGACUGUGAGCGACUCCUCUCCGCACAUAGCAAAUAUUGGGCGGCUGGUAGAGGACAUGGAGAACAAAAUCAGGAGCACGCUCAAUGAAAUUUACUUCGGGAAAACCAAGGACAUAGUCAACGGGCUCAGAUCAAUAGAUGCAAUACCCGACAACGUUAAAUUUAGGCAACUCCAGAGGGAGCUGUCUCAGGUGCUGACACAACGCCAGAUCUACCUGCAGCCAGAUAACUAGUCCAGGUCUGUCCAGACAUUUGCAGACAAAUCGAAACAGGAGGCUUUGAAGAACGACUUAGUGGAGGCUCUGAAGAGAAAGCAGCAAAGUUAAAUGUUAUCCCGUCCCCCUCCCUUUUCAUUUCUAAUAAUGUCUCCCCCGGUCCCCAUCAGUCAGGAACCCCCACCUUAUUUCUGUUUUCUUUCUUUUUUGCCCCCUCCCCGUCUGUUUGUCGCCCCCGUCUCUGUCUGCAUCACUUACAUAGCCAUUCAGCACAGUCUGCUCCUGUCAAAUAAAGCUGUAUGAACCCGUCAUAGUCUGGGGCUCGUUACUCCAGCCUUCCCUGCCCUCUCCCCCAAUUUUGUGCUAACUGCCCAGCCCCCGUGUCACCCGGUUAUAUACUGCACAUCCCGCUGCACCCUCCGCAGCGCCAGAAAUGGUUACCUCCUAUCGGAGAAUAGAUGGAUCUGUUCCGGAGGGUGGAAGAAGAGACUUUUUUUCAUCACGGGAUCCCUUGCCCCCUUCCUCCCCCCGACUUCUGCCCCCGAUUCUCAUUUUUCCUGGUGACUGUCUGGGGAAUGCAUAGGGUAUGUUAUUUUUUUCUUUCUUUCUUUUUUUUGUUUUGUUAUAUAUAUAUUUUUUGUAAAGCUUUAAGUCUUCUAUAUGAGCCUUCCUGUACUAACAAUAAAAUGAUUCUAAAUAUCUGG